AACCACAUUCGGAUUUGUUUCCAUCUCGAUGCCGAUCUUCCCCCUCCCCUCCCCCUUCCUGAAUCCGGGUGUUUUGUGACUGCUGGCGAGGAGCGAGAACGUUUCCAUAGGAAGCCGGGCCCAGGAUCUUGCUAUAUGCAAAUUGAUUGCUGCCACCUUUCCCGACAAUAACAACCUGCAUUGACCUGGAAAGCUGGAAAGAGCUGGAUGUUAUCCGUAUACAUGUGGAACCUGACAUGUUUUUGGAUGAUGUCACUGGUAGCUGUAGAUGAGAAAUGGGAGAGAGCCACCGAGAGAUCCUGUUGGACUUGAGAGGUUAAUGUUUCUUCACAAGAGACCCCUGAUUUGUUUUCAAAAUAGACCAGUUAAAGAACCAUGCUGCCAAUCUACUGACCGUCCCAACUGGCCGGGGCAAGACCAUUCACAAACCACUUUUUGGCUCCUGGAAAGCCAGACAAAAAUCCUUUGACUAUUGGAAAUCGAACAAUCUUCCGGUCAGCAAGGAAUCUGCGAAAAUGGACACAGAAUCCACAUACUCUGGCUAUUCCUAUUAUUCAGGCCGUUCCAAGAGCUCUCAUAGACAUGGUGAAAGGAGCCGAGAUCGGCAAAGAUCCAGAAACAAAGACAGCAGCCGGUCUGAGAAAUCUGUUACCAUCCAAACUCCACCAGCAGAGCCACUGCUUGGCAAUGAGUCAACUCGCGGAGAUGAAACAGUGCAGGAUGAUAACUGGGGGGAAACCACAACAGCCAUCACUGGGACCUCUGAGCAUAGUAUAUCACAGGAAGACAUUGCAAGGAUCACAAAGGAUGUGGAUGACACUGGGCUGGAUUGUACUCGGCAUCUGGGGAUAGCCAUUGCUGCUGUACUUGGAAUAUUGGUCUUUUUAACUCCCAUUGCCUUUAUGGUGCUGCCUCAAGUUCUGUGGCGAGAAGUACUUGAACCCUGUGGUACUGUAUGCGAGGGGCUAUUCAUCUCUGUCGCCUUCAAGCUUCUCAUCCUUCUCAUUGGAACCUGGGCACUCUUCUUCCGCAAACCAAAGGCGCAGAUGCCACGCGUCUUUGUGUUCCGGGCACUCCUGAUGGUGCUAAUAUUCGUGUUUGUGGUUUCCUAUUGGCUGUUCUACGGAGUCCGUAUUCUAGACUCAAGAGAUCCAAAUUACCAAGGAAUUGUUCAGUAUGCAGUUUCACUGGUAGAUGCCCUCUUGUUUAUCCAUUACCUGGCAAUCGUGCUGCUGGAACUGCGUCAGCUGCAGCCCAUGUUCACUGUGAAAGUGACCCGGUCAACUGAUGGGGAAUCCCAUUUCUACAGUCUGGGUCUACUGAGUAUCCAACGGGCCGCCCUUGUCAUUCUGGAGAAUUACUACAAGGAUUUCACUGUCCACAACCCAGCGCUCUUGACUGCUGCAAAAUCCCGUGCAGCCAAACACAUGGCUGGACUGAAAGUCUACAACGUGGAUGGUCCUGGAAAUAAUGCAGCUGGACAGUCUCGAGCAAUGAUUGCUGCAGCAGCAAGAAGGCGUGAUUCAAGUCACAAUGAGCUGUACUAUGAGGAAGCAGAACAUGAUCGGAGAGUGAGGAAGCGGCGUGCAAGGUUGGUGGUAGCAGUUGAGGAGGCUUUUACCCACAUUAGGCGGCUUCAGGAUGAUGAACAGCAGAAAGCUCCUGGAGAGGUGAUGGACCCUUUGAAUGCAGCACAGUCUAUCUUUCCUUCAAUGGCAAGAGCAUUACAGAAAUAUCUCCGAACUACCAGACAGCAGCACUACCACACCAUGGAGAGCAUUCUACAGCACCUGGCGUUCUGUGUUACCAACAACAUGACACCAAAGGCCUUUUUGGAGCGUUAUCUGAACCCAGGACCUACCCUUCAGUAUGAUAAGAACAGAUGGUUGGCCAGUCAAUGGACAUUGAGUAGCGAAGAGGCGGUGACCAAUGGCCUGAAGGAUGGCUUGGUUUUCACUCUGAAAUGUCUUGACUUCAGCCUGAUAGUGGUAGUGAAAAAAAUCCCGUUCAUCAAACUCUCUGAGGAGUUCAUCGACCCAAAAUCUCACAAGUUUGUGCUGCGCCUUCAGUCUGAGACAUCAGUGUAAGCUGUUCAUGCCAAGGACACACAUGGCAGAUCAGUCAGAUAAUCCAACUGCACUUUGGAUGGGGAAGGGUGUUAUCUUUUGACCAUGUUUAGAUUUUUUUCCUAAAUACUGGAGACCUAAAACUUACUGGUAUAAAUCUUCAAGAAAAAGUACUCCACCUAUCAUGGGCUUGCCUGUUUUACUCCGAUUGAUGAGGACUGUAUCAGCCUGCUUCCAGAUACCAGCAUUGUAGCAAUGGACCUCUAGAAACCUGAACAUUUUCUGUAUUGAGAGAAAUGCACUGUCUUUCUACUUGUUUCUAGAGACUCUUAUUUUGUAUGUAGACCAUCUUGCCCUCUGGAGAAAGUUCUUUGGAAGCCCUCAAUGUGUAUUUCUAGAGACUUGGGCCCUCGUUUGAAAAGACUGGUGACACUAGCUAUCGAUGGUGAUUUCUAGCAAACUGUUCUGCAAAUGAAGAUGUAGAUAAAUCCCAUCUUUACGGUCCUAGUGUUUUAGAGAACCAGCUUUUCCCAGAUAAUAUGCUUGGAAGAUUUGGUUCACAAAUGUAGACUUGCACAGUGUAAGCAUUGUUACAAUUGUUAUAGAUAGUGUUUUAUCCAAUAUGUGGAGUUUAUGUAGAUGUAUUACCUUAGGCAGGUAAUGUAAAGAUAGGGAAGAACUUCUCUUUCAACCCAUCCCCCACCCCAAAACUAACACUAAAUUGGAAAUAAUUUGUUAUAUCACUUUAAGAGGGCUUGGGAAGUGCUUGAAUAAAGAAACACUAAGAUGCGUGUUUGGGACACUAGAGCACAUUAGUACAGCAAAGAGUGACCAUUAAUUUGGUUUUUCAUGUGGUUUUUUAAAUCGUGCACACUAAAAAUCAGUGACGUGUAUUUCUGAAAGGUCUUGGCAUGUAAAAUACUCCACAUUUCAUUUUGUUUAAUAUCUUGGGAUCUGCCCAGUAGGAACUGCAUUCUUUAACUGAGGACUCUAUAAUUUGUUUUGUUCACACUUUUACCUCUUGUAGUGCAAUGCAGAAUGUGCCAUGCUGGCUCACCUUUUGCCCGCAAUGCACUGCACUCCCACUUAAGGAAUUUUUAUACAAAAAUCUUUGCUGUCAAGAAUUCUGAGAAAUAAUUUACUUUUUUUUUUACUUUUUUUUAACGGUUGUGGCCUUUGAAUCUUCUAUUUUAUUUUUUAACAGAUAACUUUGUUUUAAGCAAUUUUUUAAAUUGACAUGUCUUGUAAAGAAUGUUUUAUCAGAUCAGGAGCAGAGUACAGUAUUUGUCCAAUGUGUUUAUCAGACCGUGCCAAGCAACCUUCUAAACACCAAACUUACAGGUUGCAACACAAAUGAUUUUGGCUUGUUUUUACCCAAAGUCAAAUGUUCUAUAGCAAUGAAUUUACUAAUUGAUCUUACAGCAAGGUUUUGAUUUCUGUUGUUUAAUUUUAGUAUCUUUUGAUUUUUGCCUGCAAGUUAUUUGAUGCAUUUAAAGGUUUUUACGUAUUGAUUGAUGGGGUGCAUCAUGUAGGACAUCUUUCUGUCUCCUUGUUUCGUUUUCUUUAAUAUUUUUUAAUUGCAAAAUAAUUCGUACAACAGAGAAUGCCAGCAUUCAAAGUAAAACCCACAAGACUAGCAAACAAGUAGCUUGAGGCAUACUUUCAAUUUAAGGAGUCAAUUGUAUCGGGGCUGGCUGUCAUUUGGUUGAACUGGGCCACUGGAUGAUGAAUCACAUGAAAGCUAAAUACUCCCUUUUGGGAUGGAAAUUAGUUCUGACAUUGAUUAAUUCAUGCUUCUACUAUGUAGUCAGUUGCAAGAUAGCAUUGUCAGUGACCAUAAAGAAAUCCAUAACAGCUGUGUGGAGAAAUAUGUGGCCACAUUAGUACAUUUUAGAGCCCCAACUUGCACAAUUGGAGUGAAAAUGGAGGACAAAGUACAGGGAUGGAAAAAAAACUGGUUAAGUAGCCUGCAAAAUUAAUGCAAUGUCUUGUUGCAUCACUUGUCUGGAAUGUAAUUGCAUUGAAUGUGCAUUGCCUGUGACCAAAAGAUCUCUCCAUAGGAGCUAGGCACAAUAUCUUUAAAAUAGGUAUAGGCUGAUCUUGUUAUAGCAGAAGAGGACUUGCCUGCCAGAUAUAGCCUUAAAGAAUUGUUGAGUCAUCCUCUGUUCCCUCUAGUGGAGUACAAUACGACUGGAACAAUAUUUGUGCACACACAGGCUCAUAAACUUUAAUGACAGAAGCUGUGUAAUUGCUGAGUAGCUGUUCUGUUACCAGGUGGAUGCACUUCUUUAUAUAUAAUCUCUGCCAUCACUACCUCAAAUUUCAUAUAGCAUUCCUCUGAACAGAUUGUUGAUUAAAUUGGUCUUAUACUUACCACACAAAAUAUAACCACAAGUUUAAACAGACACAUGCUGGCUAAACAUUUCAUGAAAAAGCACUGUGGGUCCAACUGCUUAAUUUGAUAGAUUUUUUUAUGGUGUACAUUUCAAGUAAAUUAACUUCUGUAUUGGGACCUAUGUGGCACAAGAUUAAAUGUCCUAGUUCUGCUGGAAAUCUUCAGGAACCCGAUAACAUAUUAACCAUCUUCAGGCAUACAGGUGUCUAACUGAGUGUGAUCCCUGAAGGAACACAAUCUGCAUUGCACAGUCUUUGAUACCUGUGCUGCUGCUUUUUCUUUCAUUUUCCUGUUGUGCUGUUCAUUUACUAAUCACCCCCUUGAGAAUUUGAGGGUGCUACUUACUCGAACCAUAGCACCAUUGCCAAAGAUAGUCCUACUGCAUCCCACCCUAUGAAUCAGUGGGUAAACAGGUCAUCUUUAUAACUUCCCUAUGAAAAGAAAUAAACAGAGUAUUUAAUAGGAAACACCAGCUAUAAUUUGUUGAACGGUAAGUCACAAUCUUACUGGUGUUUCCUUGAGAGAAAAGCUCCUAUUUUAGUAGGAAUUUACUGGCAGUGCCAGAGAUUGACAGAUUGCAAAGCUAAAUCAUUUAGAUAUUGCAUUCCAUAUCAUACAAAGCAAUUAGAAUCUGCUGUACACAGUUUUUUAUUCUGUUUAUAAUCUGCAAGGGUCAGAAUGUUUGAGCACAAGAAGCUGGCCACCCUGAUUAGCAGCGAUAUCACCACAAAUAUUUAUUUGUGUUAUGCAACUUGAUUACAUUGUGAUCUCUAUGAAUGUAAAAUGCAACGUAUACACAACAUUGUCACUGUCACAGUAAAGCAAAAAAAAGUUGGAAACGACAUCCUAUAGAAUUUUGGCAGCCAAAGUCAUUGCUGUAAGAUUGAUUGGUAAACUCACUUGUGAGGUUUCUAGUCUUGUGAAAGUGUUAUUGAAGUGUCACUAUGUAACUACUGUACACACCCUAAUUUUAUACAGGAACUGAUUUUUAAAUGAUUUCUAUUGAAUAUCCUUGUAACAGAGCCAAGGACUAACCACCAGCUUCUGCACCUUGUACUGAAACAGAAUUUGUGAAUUUUAGGGUCAUUAUUUGGAGUUACUGAAUUUUUAUCUACUUCAAUUGAAUAGGUGCAUGAUAGACACUAACAAUUGCGUGUGUGUAUGUAGCCUUAGUAAUUUAUUUCUUUUUGGAAUCAUUCUCUAAAUUUUACAUUUUUGUAACAAACUGCAAAAUGUUAUUUCCACAUCAGGUUUUGUACAUGGAGUCUCCUGAAAAAUAAAGAGGAAAACUAGA